AUGGUACAAAUGACCGCUGUUGAAGGAGCUGAUGACAAUCAGAAACGCUUUACAUUUAUAGUUCGUGAUCGGACAGCCGAAUGCCGCGACUUUACUAUCAACUUGAGUGCUUCCUCCACCAAUGCUACAAUCUAUCGAGAUGUGGCCAAAAUGGCAGAUUACGAUCAUCAUUCAUUCGAAUUAUGGUGGCGACAUAGUAACAAAGAUUGCAGUGCGGAGAAAUUGUUAGAUAUCAAUUCUGAGCAAUGCCUUAAAGAUAGCGAAUUAAUCCCUAAGUAUGAUGUUAACGAUAAUGCUCGAAUCUUUCUGGCACUUCGAAAGAAAAAUGGAGUUCUGCCUAUUAAGGCUUUAAAUGAUGAAGUGAAGUCUCAUACUUGGAAAAGUGACAGUAAUAUAUUCCGCAAUAAUUUGAAUGAAGAAAGAAGUAGGAUUGGUUAUGUUGGAUUGGUCAAUCACGCGAUGACUUGCUACCUAAAUAGUUUAUUGCAAACGUUAUUCAUGACGCCGGAAUGGGAAUUUAGUUGUUCCAAAAGAUUUUCAUUUGAUUAUCAUACGCUUCAGCGGAUGAAGCUAAAUGAUAGGGUUACCUUUCCUUAUAUUUUAAAUUUAUCCGAAUUUUUGGAAGAUCAGCAGACUCAAUUAAAUUAUGAAUUAUUCUCAAUUAUGAUACAUUCCGGAAGUGCCGUCGGGGGCCAUUAUUAUGCCUACAUAAAAUCUUUUGAUGACAACAACUGGUACUGCUUUAAUGAUCAGUCUGUAACGCAGGUUAAUGAACAAGACAUUGAGAAAGCUUACGGUGGUGGAGAAAUAAGACGAUAUUAUACAUCGAUGUUUGCUAGUUCUUCAAAUGCAUAUAUGUUGAUGUAUCGACAAAUUGACAGAUCUCGUAAUAGCAAGUUUAUGGAUUUUGGUAACUUUCCUCCACAUAUCAAUAAUGCAAUUGAAAACUUGAAGAAAGAAGAAGAUGACCACAAAAGGAAGUUAGAAUACGAGCGAAUGACGUAUAGAUUUAAACUCUUUGGUUCUCACCCUAUACAGAAAACAUUGGUAGAAAAGAAACUUGAAAUAAAUAAGGAUAUAACUCUUCGUGAAGCAACUAAAGUUGCCCACAAAUUGCUUGAACUUGAAAACAUCGUACCGUUAGAUCGUUGUCGGAUCGUAAAGUAUGAAUCCUGUAACGAGUUAGUAGACAAGUCUUUCGAAGGGCUUGAGGAGAAGACAGUUGAAGAAGCUUUCGAGGGCAUUAGGCCGAUAUUUGAACUACUCUUGGAGUGGUGUCACGAGCAUCAAGAUUUUCAAACUUUUAAAUCAGAUGACAUGAGCAUUAAGUUACUUGAAGUAAAUCUAGAAGCAGGAACUGUUGAAGAUUCAGUGUUUGUUAAAAUUCCUUACGCUAGCAAAGCAUAUGAACUGGCUGACCUAACUAAAAAGCGUUUAGGUUUAUCCGAGGAUGAUACAAUUAGAUUUGCGCAGUCUUCUUAUACUGGAUUGAAGCUAUUAGAUCGUCAGCAUGACGUUCAUGACUAUCCGUCACGUGCUUGCAGGCUAUAUAUAGAAUAUAAAGAUAAGGAAGAUGCAAAAGAAGAGUUUAACAAUUCGAAAUUAUUCAAAGUUCUCGAUUAUCACAACAAUUUAAUUACACUUCACAUAAAAAUGGCAUUAUCACAGAAUCAGAAGAAUACAACAGAGGUUACAAAGAAGAUCGACAAGAGAAUGUCGUUAUCAGAGUUUAAGGAAUUUAUUCAACCAGAUGUUGGUUUGCCGACGAACUGCUUUAAGGUAUGUCGUAUACUUGGAAGUGGGAGUGAGAUUGAAAUGAUGUCUACAGAUGAAACCUUUAGUGCACAAUCAAGCGAGGUUCACUUGUUGAUAAAACCUGGAAGAGCACUGGAGAAGGGUGAUCACCGUGUCUCUUUAUCCUGGUUGGACAUAAAUUCAGAUCGGCCGGUACAGUUUUUCACCGAAGAGAUUAUAAAAGAAGGUUCUACUGCUCGUGAAUUCAAGAGCAAGAUCUCGCAACAAGUCAAUGAAGCAGUAGGAAAAGAAAUACCAUUAUCUAGGUCUGUUUUCUUUAUAUUAGCCGAAGAAGCGAUCGUUUCAAUGAACCAGGUACCAGUGCUUGUUAGACACUGGCAGCCAUCAACUUUUACCCUUGGUCCUUAUACAGAAGUUAUCCUAGAUUCUCCAGCUUCAAAUGACUUAUUUAUGAAGAUUGCUGAAAUAAGCAAACUACAUGUUGAAGACAUAGUUAUUACUCUGAAUUACAAGAGUGACCUUACUAAUCCAAAAAUAAUUAUUGGUCCCAGGGAUAAAAAGGAAAAAGCAAUGGAAUUAUCGGCCGCAAAAAGGGAUGAAAUUCGUAGGCAAGAAAAUAUCAAGUACGUUUGA